GUCAACUCCGGAGGUAUAACAAAAUCAAUUGUCAAAGCAGCAUUUAGUAACUGGAUUAGACGAUUAUAUGGAAUACAGGUUACUUGAAGGAUUUAUUUCUGGCGACGUUUCCACGACAUAUAACUUAACUGCAUUGUAAAUUACGGCCAUGGCUCAUCUGGUAACGCUGGUCCUGAUUAUGUCUAUGUCGGUUGUUUGGGCCACAAACAAAAUGUGUGCAAACCUGGACACUUUUGGAUAUGAAGUUUCAAGAAACACUUUCCGUAAUGGAGAAACUAUUUUAACAGUUGAAGAAAGUGAAUUGGUCACGUGUAUGCGAACGUGUCUUCAAUAUAGCCUGUGCUCAUUUAUCAAUUUUAAUACUGAGUUGGGUGUGUGUCAUUUAAUGACACCAAAAGACAAUUUGAUGACUCAAGAAGGCACCCCGACCACAGUCCAAUCUCUGGCUGUAGUGUCCAGCAUGGCGAGUUCAUGGACCAAGGAUAUAUUGCGCGGUCCGUGUUUCAUUCACAGUUGUCCGAAUAAUACCCAUUGUAUCGUCAACGAUCAAGAAUUAGGCAAAUGUGAAGUUAUUGGUUGUGUGGGUGCACCAUCGGUAUCAUAUAUUAACCAAAGCGCCUUUCAGAUCAAGACUAUGUGGCAUAUAGACGAGGUUGUCAUGUUACCGUGUUUAUAUGAAUCUUCAGGGUCAGCGAAUUGUACUUCUGGUGGAUCCUGGUCUGAAUUUGAAUGUCAACGAGUUCCACCGACUGACUGUUCCGAUGCCGUUGAUAAAAAUUACACUGUAGGGACUACUCCGAUCAUUAUUGACGUUGAUGGCAAUGGUCCAUUAGAGCAAGUAGAAGUUUCUUGUGAUGGCAAGUUUACAGUUAUUGGCCACAAUACCACAAAUAGAACAUAUAUAAACGACUACGAGCAGAAAUAUUCGUAUAAACUUGAUUUACAUUACACAGUUUCAUUGCAACACAUUAAAGCCAUCAAACAAAAUGCCGACUACUGUGAGCAGUUUCUUCGAUAUGAAUGCUUUGCUGCGUUACGCUCAGACGCAGCGUGGAUAAAUAUGCAUCAUCAAAGAGCAUUUUAUUUUGCUGGGAAUGGAACUGACAAUGAUGCAUGUGCUUGUGGUAUUGAAGACUCGUGUGAUGCACAGGGUGUGAAAUGUAAUUGCCAAAUAAACGACAACGUUUGGAGAGAAGAUUCGGGUUUCAUUACAAACAUCACUGCUUUGCCAAUGAUUACCUUUGAAGGCGGCGAUACUGGUAGUACACAUGAAAGAGCGUAUGUUACAAUCGGACCACUUCGUUGUCAGCGACUAGAUGUAUGAUAUAUGGGCGUGGCGUAUCGUACCAAAACGGCUAGAUCUAAUUAUUAAGUCCAGCUCAAGAUUUCGCCAAGGUCGUCGAGAUGCAAAUAACGUUGCGAUUGUUGGCGUGAUGGUAGGUUAGGUUUGGAAUAAAUCUUAGGGCUAGGAUUAGCGCUAGCCCUGUUUACAUCUCGUGACCUUUAAGCAAACUUAACGUUGGUCUUAUGAAAUGGGUCUAACCUACCAAAACAACCGGCAAGAUAUUUACACCAGGGACGGACCAUAGAGUUAUAUACAGAAACUAGAGUUCGGACUAAUCAUGUGACUCGCAUGACAGGUUUUUAUUAUAAAUUUUAAUUGUAUACAAUUCAAUAUUUUAAAUAUUUAUAUGCUUUGUGAUAUUUAUUUUUAAUUUUAGAAAAUUCGUAACUGUAAUAUUUGUUUUUGUUGAUGUAUAGGAAUAGUGAUUCAUAACUGUGAAAUUUGUUUUUAUUGAUGUAUACAUGAAUAGUGGAAUAAUUUAGCCUGUCUCAUAUUUCAUCCAAUGUUUGACGUAAUAUAAUUAUAUGCCCGGAUAGAAUCCACACUACGUCGGGGGGUUGGAUGGCUGAAUGGUUAGCGUGCGCGCGCUGUAUCAUAAAGUCUGUCAUUGAGUCGACUGGCGUGGUUUCGAAUCCCCGGUUGUACGUGGCAAGGAGUAGGUCGCCUGUCCAACCUCGUGGGUUUUCUCCGGGGCCUCCGGUUUCCUCCCACUGCUAAAGACCCCUACGUGCAAGCGAAUUAUGUAAAUAAAAUUAAACCAUAUGUUAGUCCCGAAAUGACCUAGUUUGUGUCGAGUGGACGUUAAACCCCAUUUCUCUCUCUCUCUCCCCCACACUACGUCAUAUAUAACCAUCAGCAUAUGUUUGAUGUAAUAUAUAGCCCGGUUGGAGCUGACGUGCCAAAAAACUCCGUUUCAUGUAUUCAUUCAUGUAUUCAUUCAUGUGAAUACAUGACGUGUUUGAGAAGUUAAUAAUUAUGGAACAUUUUGCCGAAGAUGUGAUUUCUACUCACCAAAACAACUAUUUGCAGGUUGAACAGAUUCCAUGCAUACUACGUUGAUUUUAACCAAAGAAAAAACUUUCAUAAAUUUUUGUAUUAUAUUAUGAAAU